AUGUCUGCUCAAUACCAAGCUGUCUCAGCUGAAGACAGCCGACUCGAUUCUUUUGCACCGAUAUGCCCGUUGUCAACCGCAUAUGUUUCUUUCCACUGGAAUACCCCUUGGGGUGCACCCAACGCCACUGACGCGGAUCGUCUGUGGGAAAACAUCAACACUGCACACGGGCAUAUUGCUAUAGACCAUGCGUGGGCUUCCGAGAACAACCUCGAUGUGGACAGUGGCCAGAAUCAAUGGAUAUUCCUGGACAGCCUGGUAAAGGAUUGUACCUCCUGCAAGCCUACCAUCAGCUACACUGCCUUUACUCCGCUCUAUGGAAAAGGCGAUAGGAUGGCUGGCGACGGGCAGCUGCACCAGUGUAGAGACUGGAACGAGUUGAGAGACUAUGCGACUAAGAACACUGCGUGUUUUCGGGAUCAUGAGCCGGGCAUGAGCUACGAAGACCUAUUCAGUGUCUGUGAUGACGGGACAGAUGGGUUAGAGCAACUGUAG